AUGCCGGAUCUUGACCGAGCUAUAGAGGACCAACGUCUACUAAUUACGAGGUUGUCUCGUUUUAUGGAUGAAUAUGAGAAACUGCCCACUAUUUCUAGAACCCGUGGAAUAUCGCAGACCGUUUUGGAUAAGAUUGAGGAAAUAAAUAGAUUGUUCGAAAGCAACCAUGAGAGGAUAUACGAUUAUAUUCGCGACAGUUCAAUUUCGACAAGUGAUGUUCCAUAUUUGUCUGAGGAUGUUUAUUUUGCUUUUUGUCAUGAUUUUAUGAUAGCCAAAGGUAAAUUGCUGGAUGCUAUGGUUGAAUUUAAUGCCACUAUUUCGCCUACCCUACAUUCUAGUACGUUUCAUGCUUCGUCCCAUAGAGGUGAUAGUUCUUUGAAUGAUGUUCGCCUUCCCAAGAUAGAUAUCCCGGUUUUUUCUGGAAAUUAUUUGGAUUGGAUAUCCUAUAGAGAUAUGUUUGUUUCAGUGGUACACAACAACCAGGGUCUGUCUGAUGUUCAGAAGUAUUAUUAUCUAAAGGGUUCGUGCAAAGAUACACCAUUGUCCAUUGUGAACGACUAUCCUGCUUCUGAUACAAGUUACCAGCUGGCUUGGUCAGCUCUUACUAGAAGAUAUCAUAAUAAAAGGAAGAUUUCUGAUACGAUUUUCCGGAAGCUAUUUGAUAUUAGGAAAUCUGAUGGUUCAUGUGAUAGCAUAAAGAAUAUUCUUGAUUCGACUAGGACGUGUAUUGCUCUUUUUACUACAUUGCAGAUAGAUUGUGGGAAUUGGGGUCCUAUUCUCAUCCAUAUAACUGUUUCUAAACUGGAUAUUCAGACCUGUAAGGAGUGGGAACGGUCAUUGAAGGCAUCGACGGAGAUACCUAAGCUUGAGGAGCUAUUUUUAUUUUUGGAAACCACGUUCCGUACGUUGGAGUCUGUUAACGACCAUGAUCUGUCUAUGGUUAGGCCCACUGUGAAACCUUUUAAUAACUCUUUCAGGCCUUUGCAGACACGGAGGGUUCAUUUGGUAUCAAGUCAUGAUGACAACUGUCCUUGCUGUGGGAAAAGACAUCUUUUGUAUAAGUGUUUCCAAUUUGCUGCUCAGUCCUCCACGGCUAAGCGCGACUUAAUUUUUUCCAAGAAUAUUUGUAGGAAUUGUUUGAAUGUUGGCCAUUUUUCUAAGGAUUGUCGUUUACAUACUCGUUGUCACAUUUGCCAACUGCCUCACCACACGAUAGUGCACAAUGAGUUCUCCAAUGACAGGCAGUUGGCGAGUUCUUCGUCUGCUUCCACUUCUGCUGCAUCAGCUGAUAUUGCUGAUGUUGUCGAGUCAGCCACCCCAGACCUUAACUGCCACUUGUCCGUAUUGAAUUCGAUUGUCAUGCCAAAUGUACUGCUUGCCACGGUGCGUGUCAUAGUUCAGACCCAUUUCGGGGAUUUUACUCUACGAGCGAUUUUGGAUCAGGGUGCCCAGGCUACUUUAAUCACGGAGAGUGCGGCCCAGCUUUUAGGACUCAGGAGGAGUAGUACCCAUGUUCGUAUUAAUGGAAUAGGAGGGGAGUCCAUCGUUGUUCGGAGCUAUGUCAACUUUUGUCUCAUUUCUUCAUAUGAGAAAGGGUUCAGACUUGAGAGCAAUGCAUUUGUGAUGCCAUCACUGACAUCUUAUCAUCCAGGUCCUAUUGGUCGAUGUCAGUUGCCAGAUUUGGAAGGCUAUCACUUAGCCGAUCCUCAAUUUUAUGGUAAUGAUAAAAUUGAUUUAUUGAUCGGUGGUGACCUAUAUGGCGACAUCUUACUCCCACAGCAGAGGAAAUUUAAAAAGGGUAUAUUUCUUCAGCUUUCUCAUUUUGGUUGGGUUGUUUCUGGUCCAACAGCUUCCCCAGGGUUUUCCUUUGAUGUGAAUGUGAACAUGUGUUCUCUGGAUAGUUUGCUGAAGGCAUUUUGGGAGCAAGAAGAAUUGGUGGAAAAGAGAGCAUCUACGCAAGAGGAUAAUUUGUGUGAAGAAUACUUCAGGAGAACUUACAGUCGUGGAAAGGACGGUAGAUAUACGGUGGCGCUACCUUUUAAGUCUGAGUUAUAUGGGAAGGAGGCUCCUAAGUUCAGUCAUACUGAUUUUCUUGCACUUAAAAGACUGAAAAGUAUGGAAGACCGCUUCGAUCGAGACAACGGUUUGGCUCUGCAAUACAGGAGUUUCAUGGCAGAAUAUGAGUCUUUAGGGCACAUGAGAAACAUUGGAAUUUAUCCCCAGGCUCUCCGACAACACGGUUACUUUCUGCCACAUCACGGUGUUUUAAGGGAGAGCAGUUCCACCACCAAACUUCGUGUUGUAUUUGACGGAAGCAGCAAGAGGCCACCAUAUUCCUCACUUAAUGAUGAGUUGUGUUCUGGGCCUGCCCUUCAAAAUGACUUACCUACGAUUAUAACUCGUUGGAGGCGAUAUAAAAUCGGUUUCCGUUCUGAUUUGGAAAAAAUGUUUCGACAGAUCAAGGUAAUAGAUCGCCAUCAACCUUACCAACAAAUUUUGUGGCGUGGGGCAGACUCGUCCAUAAAUAUUUAUGAACUACAGACCGUGACAUACGGUACCAGCCCUGCUCCCUAUCUCUCAAUUAGAGUAUUACAUCAACUGGCUAAGGACGAAUAUCACACAUAUCCCGAGGCGUGUGACAUUGUGAAGACGGAUACUUACGUAGAUGAUGUCAUUUCUGGUGCUGACACUAUAGGCGAGGCAAAGAGUCUUCAGGAAAGAUUGGUAAAAUUAUUGGCUUCGGGUGGUUUCAAUUUGAGAAAGUGGACCUCAAACUCAACCGAGCUUAUGGAACAUAUACCCGACGAAUUCAGAGAGAAGGUGGAUUUGAUCGCUUUUGAAGAGCAGAAUUUAGUCAAGGCUCUAGGACUAGCCUGGGACAUCAGAGGCGACUCUUUUACAUUCAAGGUCAACUUCCAAAGUCAAGAUGAAGUUACAAAGAGCAGCCUUCUAUCAGACGCUUCGAAACUCUAUGAUCCUUUAGGCUGGUUGGCGCCAGUUACUAUUAACGCUAAGGCCACCUUUCAGAAACUUUGGUUGGAAGGUAUUGAUUGGAAGGACAGGGUUCCUUUUGCUAUUCAAACUUAUUGGACUAAAUACAUCGCCGAAUUGAUAAAUUUAGAGCGCAUUAGGAUUCCGCGCUGGAUUGGAUGCUUCAAAUAUAGCAGAAUUGAGCUACACGGCUUCUGUGAUGCUUCACAGACUGCUUUUGCUGCUGCUGUCUAUGCAAAAGUUCUAUGUAAUGAGAAGCCUACCAAUCAGCUGGAUCGCGAAAUUAGUAAAAUAUUUUACUGGACUGACAGCAUUACAGCCCUAUGUUGGAUAAGGGGCGAAUCAGCGAAAUGGAAUGUCUUCGUUGGCAAUCGGGUGGCCGAUAUUCAGCGAUAUACCAAUAUUUCUGAGUGGUUUUAUGUAUCAUCGCACGAUAACCCUGCCGAUUGUGCUUCUCGAGGCAUCCCAGCUACAGAAUUGGUGAACCACGAACUGUGGUGGUCCGGGCCUGAAUGGCUACUUCUUUCUCAAUCUGAAUGGCCUCCACAACCUACUAGCUCGUACGAAACUGAUCUAGAAAAACGGAAACAAAAAAUUGUUAUCAAUCUCGUGACAACACCUGAUUAUCCUGAAUUGCUCAGUAAAUUCGCUUCAUUGACACGACUGGUGCGAAUCACUGCAGUUAUAUUAAGAUUCUACCAUAACAUUAAAACAGCAACACAACAUCGAAUGUUUGGUUAUCUUAAAACGAAAGAAUUAGAUGGUGCACUGAAUCUAUUAAUAUUUUUGUCUCAACGUGUGGAUUUUGAUGAUGAACUUACUUGCCUGCAGAAGGGAUAUGAGUUAUCGAAGGCCAGCGGAAUUGCAAAGCUGUGUCCAUUUAUUGACGAAAAUGGAAUUCUCAGGGUUGGAGGUCGAUUACAGAAAGCUAAGUUUAACUAUGAAUAUAAGCAUCCUAUCUUAUUAUCCAAACACAAUCCUCUUUCUCGCUUGAUUCUUUCAGAUGCUCAUGUGAAGACGCUUCAUGGCGGACUUACUCAGAUGCAGGCAUAUGCAACGCGGAAAUUUUGGAUUAUAUCGGCCCGUAAUAUAGCUAAACAGGUGCAAAGGAAAUGUGUAACGUGCUUCAGGUAUAAAGCAAAAACAGCUGAGCAAAUAAUGGGUGACCUUCCAACCGUUCGCCUGCAGCCAACACGCCCAUUCAAACAUAGUGGAGUAGACUAUGCGGGACCAAUCACUAUAAAACAGUCAACCGCUCGCAAUUCUGUCACGACGAAGGGUUACAUAUGUCUCUUCAUUUGCAUGGUAACGAAAGCUCUGCAUCUGGAAGCAGUUACAAGUUUGUCUACGGAUUCAUUUAUAGCUGCUUUUCGAAGAUUCACCUCUCGCCGUGGAGUGUGUACGGACUUGUACUCUGAUUGUGGUACAAAUUUCAUUGGGGCAAAUAAAGAGUUAAAGAUUCUGCAGCGGAGAAGUCGUGAUUCGGUUCCAGAAGAGCUCUAUGAAAUACUGGCAAACAAUGGAACGAAAUGGCACUUCAUACCACCAGCCUCCCCCAAUUUUGGCGGGUUAUGGGAAGCAGGGGUGAAGUCAACCAAACACCACUUAAGAAGAACCAUGGAGAACCGUAUUUUAACCUUUGAAGAGCUCACAACUCUGCUAGCCCAAAUUGAAGGAUGCCUGAAUUCACGACCCUUGUGCCCAUUAUCUCCUGAUCCCAAUGAUUGCACCGCUCUAACACCAGCACAUUUCAUUGUGGUGGUUGAAAGACUAAAACAACAGUUCUGGAAGCGUUGGGUUAGUGAGUUUGUGAACCGUCUUCAAUCGCGACCAAAAUGGCUUAAACCACAAAACAAUCUUGAAGUUGGAGACCUGGUUCUAGUGUUUGAUGAGCGUUUACCCCCUGGCCAGUGGCCCUUGGCUCGCAUUUCUGAAGUACAUCCGGGUUCAGAUGGUCGAUUUUCAGAGCAGCCUGCAGCAGCCAACGACUCAAUAAAAACAUUAUUUGCCGAUAUUGUAACUUUUGUGCCGUUGUUGCUGUUGCUGGCUUUGCUGCCGCUGAUGUUGUCUGUUGUCGUAGAAAAGUGCUCUUCACAAAUUGAAUUCUUCAAAAACAUGACGAAGAACAACAACAGCUCGCAACAAAAACAAAACGCCAUAAGGGGCUGUGAAAGAAGGGAUGAGCAUCCAAGAGACGAGGAAAACAAACGUACCAGAAAGUAUCUGCAAACAAAUAAGCAAACACCGUUGCUCCAUCUGGUUGUGUACAGUUAA